AUGUUGGGGGGGUUGGGUGUGGUGUUGGUGGUAGUGGUUGGGGGUGGGGGGUGGUGGGGUGGGGGGUGGUUGGAAUGUGGUGUUUUUUUUUGUGGGUUGUGGGGGGGGUUGGGGUGGGUGUUUGUUUUUGGAUGGUUGGGAUGGGGUGAUGGUGGGUUGAGGUUUUGUUUGUGUUGUUUGGUGUUUGUGUGGUGUUGGGGUUUGUUGUAUGAAUUAUUAAGUUGGGAUGGAGGGGUGGUGUUGUGGGGUGGUAUGAUGGGUGGGUGGGUUUUGGUUGAUGGUUUUUGUAUUUGUUGGUUUUUUGUUGUGUUGGGUGUGUUUGGGGUGGGGUUGUUUGUUGGUGUUAAGGGUUUUUUGUUGUGUGUUGGUGGGGGAUGGGGUGUUGUUUGUUGUGGUUGGGUUUUUUGGGUGUGUGGGGUUGUUUGUUAUGUGGGGGGUUUGUUUUGGUGUGGUGUUGGUUGGGGGGUGGGUUUUGUGGGAAUGGGUUUUAUUUUAUUAUGUUGGUUGUUGUUUUUUUGGUGGUGGUUGGUGGGGGUUUUUGGUUGGGUUUGGGUUGUAUUGGGGUGUGAGAGUUUUUUGAUUUUUGUGGUGUUUGGUUUGGGGGUUUUUUGGGGGUUUUGUGGUUUUGGGGUUGUGUGGGGGGUUGGUGUAAGGGUUUUUUGUGGUUUUAUGUUGUUGUGUUGGGUGUGUGUGGUUUGGGGGUUGUGGUGGUGUGUUAGGGUUGGUUUGAGGGGUGGUGUUUUGUUGUGUUUAGUGUGGUUGUGGCAUGGGGGGUUGGGGGUUGGGGGGGUUGGUUUUGUUGGGGUGGUGUGUGGGUUGUGUGGGUGUGGGUUGGGGGGGGGUGUGGUGUGGGGUGGGGGUGUUGGGGUUGGGGGGGGGGUGGUGUUGGGGGGGGUUGGUUUGGGUGGGGGGUGUGUUAUGGGGUGGGUGUGUGGGGUGUGUUUUUGUGGUGGGUGGGUGGUUGGGAUGUGUGGUGUUUGUGGUUUUGGUGGGGUGUGGUUGGGUGUUUUUGGUGGUUGGGUUGGUGGGUUGGUUUGGUUGUUUGUUUUGGGUGUGGGUUGUGGUGUGGUGUGGGGGGGGGUGGGGGGGGGGGGGGGUGUGGGUGUUGUGAGUUGUGUGUUGUUGUGGUUGGGGGGUUGUGGGUGGUUGGUGGUUGUGGGGGGGGGUGUUUUGGGUUGGGGGUGGUGGGGGUGGGGUGGUGGGGUGGGGGUUUUGGGUUUGGUGUUGGGGGGGGGGGGUUGUGGGGUUUUUGGUGUUGUUUGGGUGUGGGGUUUUUGGUUGUUGGGUGUGGUUGGUGGGGGGGGGGGGUGGGGUGGUGGGGGUGGGUGGGUGGGGUUUGUGGGUUUGGUGUGUGGUGUGGGGGGGUGUUGGGUGUUUGUGGUUGGGGGGGGUGGUGGGGGGGUUGGGGUUGUUGGGUGGGUGGGGGUUGGUGUGGGGGUGGGGUGGGGGGGUGUGGGGGGGUUUGUUUGUGUUGUGUGUGUUUUGGUUGGGGGUGGGUAUGGGGGUGGGGGUUUGUGUGUGUGUUUUUGUGGUUUGUUUUUUUUUGUGUGGGGGGGGGUGGGGUUUGAGAUUGGUUUGUGUGGGUGUUUUGUGUGGUUUUUUGGUUUUUGGGGUUGGGGUGGUGUUUGGGUGGGGGGGGGGAGUUGGGUUGUGUUUGAGAUUGUGUAUUGUUUUGAUUGA